AUGAUUGAUCUUGACCAAAUCAAAUUGGAAUAAAUAAAUGAUUUUAAGGCAAUCUAAUUGGUUAACUUUGUGUCAUAAAAUAAUAAAUUUGAAUUAAAUAGCGAAGCAGCUUAGUUUUUAAGUUAAUUGAGAGGAAAUAUAGCUUUUGUUGUCGUUUGUGGCAAAUACAGGACAGGGAAGAGUUUUCUCUUGAACAAACUCAUCGAUGUAUAGAAUGAAGGAUUUUAGGUUAGUCCAACAACGAAUUCUUGUACCCAAGGAAUCUGGUUAUACACAAAACCUGUGAUUAAUAAGCAAAGCAAUCUUCAAAUCUAUUUUUUGGACACAGAAGGCAGUGAAUCAGGAGUGAAAUCACAAACUCAUGAUGCCAAGAUUUUCGCUUUGGCAAUUUUAAUGAGUAGUACUUUUAUGUUUAAUUCGAUUGGCUGCAUUGAUGAGCAAUCAAUUAUUCAACUGCAUCUAACUACAUUGCUAUCGAAGAACAUUCAAGUUUAGGAUCAUGAUAACAGUAAUAAUGAAAAUAUAUUGGGUUACUAUACUCCAAAAUUUAUGUGGUUAUUGAGAGAUUUUGUGCUUGAAAUGAAGGAUGGUUAAAAUAGAAAGAUCACACCCAAAGAGUAUCUGGAGUUAGCCUUGCAUGAUGAUCGUUAAUAUCAAAGUGAGAAUUCAAAAAAAGUCAGGAAGACCCUGUUAACAUGUUUUAAAGAUAGAAAUUGCUUUUAAUUCGUUAGGCCUGUUAUUAAUGAAAACGAAUUGUAGAAGGUAAAUCAAUUACCGAACAAUCAAUUAAGAGAGGAGUUUCAAUAAUAAGUAACUCAACUAAGGGAAUACUUGCUGAAGAAUACAUCUCCUAAAUAAUUAAAUGGAGUUAACUUAAAUGGCAGGAUGUUCUGUAAGAUGAUUGAAACUUUCAUAACUAAUUUUAAUAAGGGGAAGGUUCCAAUCAUAUCUACUGCUUGGGAACAUAUUGUAGAAACUGAAUGCCAAUAAGGCUUGGCUCAGGCCAAAUAAUUGUAUGAAACUAAUCUUAAGAAAUACUUUGGUUCUGAUGAAGCCAAGUCUUUUGAAGAGAUAUUUUAAAUCCUGAAAAAAAUUAGAGAUGAAUCCUUUCAAACGUUUCAUUAUAUUGCAGGCAUAAGGGAAAAGAAUAACCAUUUUGAAGAAUACAAGAAAAAGCUAUUAGAUUUCAUGACUGAAAAAGAAAAUCUAGCAAUUAGAUUGAAUGAUGAUAUGAAUAAUACGAAGAAUGAAGAAGUUAUUGCUGAGGUGUCUUAGAAAUUGAAGGAAAAUCUGGAUCAAGAAACAUUUACGAUUGAUAAUUUAGAAGUUUUCUUUUAACAUUUCAAUGAAUUUUUAAAUGCUUAUGAUAAAAAAUCAGCAGGAACUGAAAAGGCUAAUACAUUGAUACAUUUUUUAUAGAAUCAUCAUCCUAUUAUAGUAAAAUAGUUAGUUAAUUCUGUUGUGCAAAAGUAUAGCAAAAAUAAGAAUUAAGCAGAGGAGGAGAAGGCAGUGCAAUAGGUCAAGGAGAAACAAUUGUUGGAUAAUAUUAAAAUAUUAGAAUAGAACAUUGCUUAGCAUGAAACAAAAAUUAAGAAAUUGGAUCAAGACAAAGUAUAGUUGGAAGCAUAAAAAAAACAAUUAUCAGAUUAACUCAGCAAAUUGCAAACUGAAAAUAAAACUAUCAGAGACAAUAUUAAGGAUGUAGAUGAGUUAUAAAAUAUGAUUGCCCAAAAAAAUGAAGAAAUACAAGGACUUAAAAAAAUCAUUUCUGUAUGA